AUGAGCUAAGGUAUAACGGAAAUACUGACCCGGAAAAACAAAAUGGCAAAAAAUGGGGGAUCACAGGAGUCAACCCUCUAACAUAAACCUCAGCCUCUUGACAGGCGAAACAGCAGUGUGGUACUGUGCCAAAACCAGCAUGAACCUUCAACAGCCUGCCCCUCUCAUUCCCCCUGUCCAUCCUGAUGUACAGAUGAAACCGCUGCCCUUUUAUGAUGUGCUGGAUGUUCUUAUCAAGCCUUCAAGUCUAGGAGCAAGUACUGCACAGAGGUACCAUCAAGAAAAGUAUUUUAUUUUUGCAUUAACACCUCAGCAAGUUCGAGAAGUAUGCAUAUCCAGAGACUUCCUGCCAGGUGGCAGAAGGGACUAUAUGGUUCAAAUUCAACUUAGGUUCUGCUUGGCAGAGACAAGUUGUCCACAAGAUGAUAAUUUCCCCAACAGUCUUUGUAUAAAGGUCAAUGGCAAGCUCUUUCCUUUGCCUGGAUUUGCACCACCACCAAAAAAUGGAGUUGAACAGAAGAGAACAGGAAGACCCCUAAACAUUACCUCCCUUGUCAGACUUUCAUCUGCUGUGCCAAACCAGAUUUCAGUGACAUGGACCCAAGAAAUGGGAAAGACUUAUUCUCUCUCUGUGUACCUUGUGAGGCAACUGACAUCACCAUUGCUCCUGCAAAGACUGAGGAUGAAGGGAAUCAGAAGCCCAGACCACUCCAGGGCCCUAAUUAAGGAGAAGCUAACAGCAGAUCCAGACAGUGAGAUUGCCACAACAAGUCUUCGGGUGUCACUCAUGUGUCCGCUGGGUAAGAUGCGACUGACAGUCCCGUGCAGAGCUGUGACAUGCUCUCAUCUACAGUGCUUUGAUGCUGCCCUCUACCUGCAGAUGAACGAAAAGAAACCUACCUGGAUCUGUCCUGUGUGUGACAAGAAAGCCGAUUAUGAAAAUCUCAUUAUUGAUGGUCUAUUCUUGGAGAUCCUUAAUGACUGCUCAGAUGUUGAUGAAAUCAAGUUUCAAGAGGAUGGGACCUGGUGCCCAAUGAGACCGAAGAAAGAUCCGGUCAAGUUCUCUGUUCAUUCAGUCGGAAAAGUAGAAUCCACAACUCCUUUACACCAGUCGUCAGUGGUAGCCCAUCCUGUGGAACCCAAUCUCAACAAGAAAACUGAUGUAAUUGAUCUGACACUUGAAAGCUCCUCAUCUUCUGAUGAUGAUGAUGAUGAUGAUACAAGCACAACCCCUCCAUCUAAGAGACAGUGCAUUUACAUCUCCAAGAAUGAGGAAAUUCAUGCUAAAGGUGUGUUGACGUACCAGCCCUCUCUUCGUAUGCCGAAUGUUCCAGGCCUGGAACAGUCAUACCUUACCUCAGCGAUUGCAGAGUAUGCAGUUCCUUUCCGCCCAUCUACCCUAGGCUCCAUUCCUACUGAAUUGCAAAGUCUGGAUUUGUUUUCAUUAAUCCCAACAGAUCCUCAGCAUUACAGGCCCCAAAUGUUUUUGGAAAACCUUUCAGGCAGCCUGCACAGCAUACCCAGCACUAGCUCUGGUUUGGUAACCUCUACCUCCAGCACCAACUUUAAUGCCAGUGGUCAUACUGCCACCUCCAUCCACAGUACACCAGUCGUCACAGGAGGUUCCACUGGAGAAGUGACUGGAGGUAGCCUGUCGGAUAUUAUUUCAUUGGACUGAGCCACAUUCCUCUACACCUUUCAAUGCCUAUUUUAAAGGUUUUCUGUGGUAAAUGGUAAAUAGUUUUCAGAUUCCUAAGCAUUUUGAUCUUGCCAUUGUCUAGUGCUAUUUUUACUGGAUGAGUUAAAUGGAAAGAGAGCAAAAACUUAACUUACAUUUUUUUGUCACAUGGUUUAGUUUGCCAUUUUAAAUGUUCAAUUACUCUGUGCACAUGGAAAGUGCACAAAGAUUCCCUCUGAGUGGAGAGACCUCCUGAGAAUGAAGAAGCUCCCGUUAGAAGGAAGUAGAGUGAGUGGACCUAACCUAAGCAAGAAAAACGAGUGCAAAAUAAAUGUUUUAAAUUAUACAAAAACUUGGUAUGUGGUAAAAUGACCAUCUUGCAGCUCAUAUAUGUUAUCAGUUGCGAGAUAUUAUCUAUAUCUGUUUGAGUUUAGUUAACUGGAAAUGGUUACUUGAAGAGCUAUAUGUAAGAAUAUUUCAUUUUCAGAUGAUAUUUUUGCGACAUUUAACCAGUCCUAUUAAAACUUCAAAGAUUCUAAAUGUGAGCUGUGUUCUUAAUCCUUUCUAGAAUUUCUGCACAGCAAUGUGUGUACUCAAAAUCCUGAUUGCAGUUAGUAAAUGACGUGGAAAAUUUGUAUGACAUAAUUUUGUUAGAAAUGUCUGUUUGUCUGAAUGAAUUAACAUGUUGAAAUUGGCUUUGUGUUGCUAGGUAGCACAAUAAAAAUUAAAAUGCAAGUAUUGUAUCAGAAAUCACUUAGACUUUCAGAAUUUCUCUUACUAUAACUACCUGUAACUUUUUUUAUUUAAGGUGUUUUAUUUACUUAAUCACUGUCAGUAAAAUGUUUAAGUCAGAAAAUCAGGAAGAGACCGAACUACUAGAGCUGAAACCUGAAGAUUUUACAUCAGGGAAAUGUUUCUUCUGCAAGAAUCUUUCUGCAGUUGUGUAACCUAACCUUGAGACAGAUUGCAUGAAAUUACUUAAUCACUGAGCCAUACUUCUUUAUGACAAUUGAACCAAACUUAAAAGUU